CCCACGUGUAACGACCACGUGCCCGGACUGUGAUUUAUGUUCGACUUGCCACACGCGUCCUACAAUUUCCCAAGCUGGUGAUUCUACGACGGGCCCCACGCCACAAUUUCUAUUUCCUUUGUGUCCUAAAAGGGGAUUAUCCACAGAAACCACAGUCGCCUUUUUCAUUGUCGGAAUCAAGCACAAAGUGUGGCUGCGAGAAUUGACUGAAGACAUAUAAAAGCUUCAUCCUGUUGUAACCCACCCUGAGCUCCCACCUGCUACAUCUACACCUACAGAACGUCCCGUUACUCCUCCACAGUUUCGUCCUCAGGUCUCAACCGAUCCUAAGCUCCAGGCGACACCCCCCAAGGCCACUAACACGACACUCAGGAAGCAUAAACGCAACGCUCAAUAUCGUAUCAUCGGACAAGAAGAGAUGAUCACGUCUGUCUAUCAACAACCACUCGACAAGUGGUUCUCGGAAUUCUUGCCAGGCAAAGAUGGUGAAAACCUGACCUUCGAACCGGAGGAUCUUCCUGAAGACUUCCGGAACAGACCAUUCCAUUUUGACGAUAUCAGUGUUAACCCUACUAGUGAAAAGUAUGAACACAGCGAAAAGGACCUUUACAGUCUUUUGUGCCCUGUAAUACAAAACGCUUUCGAUCUUGCCGCCUACAAGUCGGCUGGAGAUCCUGAAUACGACGCGCUACUGAUCAAAGAUACCAGUGCCUGGAAUGAAGAGAGCGACUGUUUACAAUGUCCCGACUUGUCUGUCCACAAAGCCUCCGCAGCUCAGGCCUUCCGUCUCGAUGACAGCAGGAAGGCCAACUUCGCCGACACCCACAAGCCUUUCGUUGGACGUACUGCUUACUCGUGGACUCUACUUCCUGGAGAGGUAAAAGUCAACAAGUCCAAGGAAGGCUUUGGUCUGAAUACAGACCAGUUGAGCCUACCAGAUACCGAUAGUGCUCGCGAAACCCGUGGACAGAUCGCUGAAUAUGUCGCAGAGGUUCUUUCUAGACAGCAUCGCCAGUUUACCUUUGCAUUCUACAUCUAUAGGAACUUAGCUCGGCUCUUUGUGGUUGACAGGGUUGCGACUGUCACGACUCCUCCAUUUGACUACGUCAAAGAUCCCAAGACCUUGUUGAAAUUUUUCUAUCGUCUAGCCCAAGCGGAUGGCGUCGCCCAGGGUUAUGAUCCUACUGUUACUCUCGCACCGUCUGCCCACCUACCGACUCUCAGAGAACACAUGGCGAAGGACCACGGACCGAUCGAGACCCUCAUUCAUGAUGCAAUGGACGACGCGUUGCUAUACGGUGCAUCGUCGAUAUGGCCCCUUUACACGGUAGAAGUCCACGAUGACGAAUCCGACGAAAAAUCGUAUUUCCUUAUCGGAAAACCUCGAACUUCCUGCCCUUCCAUGUUCGGCCGUGCGACGAAGGGCUUCAUCGCAUUCGAUUUGGUUCAACAUGAUUUUGUCUGGCUGAAAGAUAGUUGGCGUCUGGCCUCGCAGCGCUACCAUCCUGAAUGGGAAGUUUACAGGAAGCUCAAUGCUAAGGGAGUCAAAAACAUUGCUACUAUGCGCUGCGGCGGUGAUGUACACGCUCCAAAGUUACAAUGCACCCGUACGCAAGAAGCUAUCACUGACCAUUCUCUGAAGAGUAGGAUCCACUGUCGUCUGGUCAUUAACGAGAUUGGACGGCCUCUAGGAACGUAUGAGACAAGUUAUGACCUUAUUUUUAUAAUAGCCUGUGCAUUCAAAGCACAUUCACAAGCUUGGGAGAUGGCCGAAGUACUUCAUCGUGAUAUCAGCGAUAACAACGUCCUGAUCAUCCAAGAGAAAAUCGACGGGAAAUACGAGAUACGUGGUAUACUCAUAGACUGGGACUUAUGCAAGUACAAAAAGCAGUUGGAGGAGGAUCGUGUUGCCACAAAUGACAAUCAAUCUGGAACUUGGCAAUUCAUCUCUGCAUUGCGGUUGCAGUAUCCCAGGAAGUUCUGCGAACUGGCGGACGAUAUCGAAUCCUUUUUUCAUCUCAUCACAUGGUGUGCUCUUCGUUACCAUCAGCACAGCCUUUUGGGCAAGCCAAGAGCUCUCACGAUGCAUGUUAACGAUAUGUUCUUGGAUUGCGCGACUUCGCCGGAGGGCUUACUUUAUGGUUGUGAGGAGAAGUUCAGACUCAUGACAGGGAGCAAACCUGGUUUCAAAAUCCUCCAUGACGAGACUUUCAAGGACGUCAUAAACAAACUUUUGCGCAUCUGUCAGAGUCAUUACCGAAGCCUUGACUGGGAUGACUUGCGACGGUUCCAAGCAGCUAGCAUUAGGGAAGCCCAGGAAGAGAAGAAGUCUCAAGCGCAGACUACCUCAACGACAUCCCACCGGCGGAGGCUACAGAAAGGUUUGUCGGGCAUGCCUGAGGGCACUGUUUCCGAUGACGACGAACCUGAUAACUUGAACACGGAGCAAAUUGGUCGACCAAAACUGGCCAGCCACAAGUACUUUUUUCGGGUCUUGGAUGACGCUAUCCGGACGAAUGAUGGCUGGGAUCUCGAGCCUAAACAGCUUGGUCGCGACAACUUUGCCGAUCUCCUCGACUUGAAUUUCACUGUUGGACGGCUCAGGGUGACCGGAACUACUCAAUCCAAUAUGACUUCGUCCCAGAGGCGAAAACGCUCGGCUCCAGUCCAUACCUCUAGAAAAAUAAGGAAGACAGGAACAUGUCGACAUGCGGUUAGUAUGGGUACGUCUUCUUUCCCGCUUGAUGCCUUACCAGAGGAACACGAUGUGGACGCUGAUGUGGAAGACGAAGGGCGAAUGGAAGCUAGCCUCACUGCUCGUUCAGAGGAAGACGCGAAUUAAUGCAGUGAGCAAGCAUAGUAUAGUAAAUAUAUUCUGCAUGUACGCCGAUGUUUGUCUUUGAUACACAGCCUAUAUCAGAUGCGAGGUUCUACGACAUUCU